AUGUAUCAAUCAUUGGAUGUCUCUAUUAAUUAUCCUUUUAAAGCUGCUCUUCAUCAUCAUUGGUAUACAUGGAUGGCAAGUGGUGGAGCUGGAAAAACUUGGACAUUUAGAAAGUGUUAUAUCUCUAAUACUUUAGAUGGAUUAGAAGAUGAUAAAAUCUUUGAUGAAUUGGCUUGUGGUGAUAAAAGUGAUAUGGAAAUAAAUGUGUAUAAAGAUGAUAUGAAAUAUAGAGAUAACGAAAAUAAUAAGAAAAUUUGUGAAGAUAAUAUUAUAGAAGAGAAUGGAAAUAUGAUU